AGCAUAAUCUCUCAUAUUUCCGACGGCUUUAAACGCAGCUAAACCCCCAUAUAACAGCGGCAGGGAAGUGGAUGAGAAAGUUUCCGCAUCACACACGUCCAAAUAACGAUCCUACCAUGGUAACAGCACGGAUUUGUGUCCUGGUUGUCGUCCUUACUGCGACUUUAGCAAAAAACGUUAUAGUAAAAUAUAAACCUGGCACCAAACCUGUCCGGUUAUUCACUGAGGAGGAGCUGAAGAGAUACGACGGCAGCGAGGAGGGACAUCCUAUUUACAUGGCAGUUAAAGGAGUGGUGUUUGAUGUCACCAAUGGUAAAGAGUUUUAUGGAAAAGAUGCACCAUACAAUGCCUUGGUUGGUAAGGACUCAACUCGGGCUGUGGCUAAGAUGUCCCUGGACCCAGCAGACCUGACACCAGAUACUGCGGGCCUCACUGAUGAGCAGCUGAAGUCUCUGGAGAGCAUAUUUGAAGACACGUACAAAAAAAAGUAUCCCAUUGUGGGUUACACAGCAUCACGCAUCCUCACCGAGGAUGGAAGUCCCAACAAAGACUUCAAACCAGAGGAUCAGCCUAAUUUUCAAAUCAAAGAUGAGUUUUAAUCUCAUUUACCUUUUUGUAAAAUGUAGUUGUGAGAAAGUCUUGUUAUGGAGGACUUUGUUAGCUUUUUGAAUUCUUUCUCUUUACUUGACCAGAAUCAGAACCUAAUUUAUUUGAACUAAGCUUCACAUGCUUCUUUAUUAUAUGACAUAGCUUUAAUGUACCUUUUUUAUGUCAUGAGUAGAAGAAGUCUGUUUUGAUAAACUUCAGGGAAUGGAGAAUAAAAUGAUGUAGAUUUUUAACACACUACACUUGUGUAUCAUAUUUGACCACGACUGGCUUCCAAACUAGUUGUGAUGACACGUGAAACUCAGAUUUAAGGUGAGCAAAGAAACUUUCAAAAAUGAAGUAAUAAUAAGUAAACAUACAUUUUUGAAUGGAGGGGGACUUUAAUUGUUUUUUUGUUUUUUUUACCUCUAGCCUCUACAUACAGUUGCAGUGCAUUAUAUGUGGUUACCGUGAGCCUUUGUCAGAGCAAUAAGAACAAAUAAACUUAAUGAACACAGGAACAUUAUUAGAUUUCACAGAAAGCCAUACAUGUCAAAUUAAAUGCCAUUUAGCGAUUAAGAAAGGGGAGAGUGAGCUGACAGACCAGAUAACUAGCUAAACAUCAGCACUCACAUUUCCUUGAAUGUGAUUUUUGUAGGAUUCUAACAGUCUUUCUCAUCAUUGAUCGUGAAGAAUGGCUUAAUCGUUCAGUCUGUACAAUAUCACAAAAUUGCCCAGCGCAGUUUCCCUUAACUCGGUAAUGUCUACAGAUCUCUGUCUCUAUUUGUCCAAACCCCAACGUAUUCUAUAUACAGUGAUUUAAAGGGAAGAAAAGUAGAAAAAUGGCACAUAUGAGAAGCUGGAGCCAUAAAAUAUCAGGCCUUGAGUCUUUCUAAACAACUUUUUAUUAUUAUCAAAAUUGUUGCCAAUUAAUUUUCGGUUUACUGAAUCUUCUAUUAAUUGUUAUAGCGCUAGAUUUUAGUAUAAAAUGUAGGCAUUAAAUGCAUUAUCCACUAGAGUAUGUAUGUAUGUAUGUAUGUAUGAAAUUAAAAAACACUGAAUUUUUACAUGAUUAUAAUCAGUUCAUUUGUUUUGUGCCUGAUUUUGUUGUUGUACAAUUAUCAUUAAAGUCUGUAAAUCUCAA